AUUUCCGUUUCUAAUCUCGGCGGCAUUAUCCCUUUCCUGCUUGAGCAGCCAAUCCUUCUUCGUUUGCUGAGGACAACAUCGUUCCUGCAAUUCCUGUUCAUGUUUCCUGAUUCCGUCUUCGUGUUUCUACUCCUCCCCAUCUGGAGCAAUCGUGUUCAUUCGGAUACAAAAACACGUGUUGGGAUUUUGUCGUCUUCUUCGAUCCGGAAACCACAGGGGUACGUGUCUCAUCCUGAUCUAAGUCUCAGCAGCUCCAUAUUUUGUAGAUUUUCCACAUAGAGGUUUCAGCUUGGUGCAUAGCAAUGACGACCCUUAGUGGAAAAAUUUCUUCGUAUUCUUCGCUUUCUAAUUUGGAGAAGAAAAGCAGCAAGUUCCAUCAUGAUGAUGAUUAUGGUGAUGCUCCGGCGACCUCUGCGAAGAAACAAUCUGACUAUCCGAUCAUUGACUCGGAAGAAGAUUACAUCGAUGAGGGUUAUGAUUCAGCUGAUGAGACCUAUACACCCAUUCCGAGAACCGAAACUCCUGAAGUGAACUUGAAAAAUGUGUUAACAGGGUUGAUUGCCAUUGUAACCGGGAGGAACAAGGGUCCGACUCGCUCGUUGGAUCUUCAUAGUAGCCCCUCCUCGAAUGUCUCUUUCCUCGGUUCUAGCAUGAACGGUGAUACUUAUGUCCAUCCAUCAGUUUACAUCCCUAGUGCUCCACCUCUUCUUGAAUCAAGCGGGAUUAAUUAUGGUGUUCUCAAGGAAUUGCUGGAAGCAGAACCUCCGGAAUGGCUACCCGACAGUUCAAAUACCGUUUGCAUGCAGUGUUCUUCUCCUUUCACUGCUAUAAUUCGUGGCAGACAUCAUUGUAGACUUUGUGGAGGGAUCUUUUGUAGAAAUUGUUCGAAGGGGAGGUGCUUAAUGCCGAUUAAAUUUCGGGAGAGAAAUCCCCAAAGGGUAUGUGACUCGUGUUAUGAGAGACUCGAUCCUUUGCAAGGGGUCCUUAUCAACUCCAUCAGUAAUGCCGUGCAAGUAGCAAAGCACGACGUUGUGGAUUGGACAUGUACGAGAGGAUGGCUGAACCUUCCGGUUGGUCUGUCCAUGGAAGAUGAGAUAUACAAGGCAUCUAAUACAUUGAAAAGUUACUGCCAGGUGGCAAGCUUAAAUCCUGAGAAGUCCAUACCAUAUGCUGUUCUAGGUCAAGCUAAAGGUUUGGCAAUCUUAACCGUCGCCAAAGUCGGGGCUUUGUUGGCAUACAAACUCGGGACUGGACUGGUCAUCUCUCGGAGGUCAGAUGGGUCAUGGUCUGCUCCAUCUGCCAUACUUUCAGUCGGCUUAGGAUGGGGCGCUCAGAUCGGAGGUGAAUUGAUGGACUUCAUUAUCGUGCUGCAUGAUUCAAGAGCGGUGAAGACAUUCUGCAGCAGGAUGCACUUCUCUCUCGGCGUAGGAUGCAGUGCUGCGGCAGGCCCUGUCGGGAGAGUGAUGGAGGCUGACCUCCGCGCUGGUGACAGAGGCUCUGGCAUUUGCUACACUUACAGCCGUAGCAAAGGGGCAUUUGUGGGAGUAUCUUUGGAAGGGAACAUCGUCGCGACGAGAAGAGAGACGAACCUGAAGUUCUACGGUGAUCCGUACCUCACAACGACAGACAUUCUACUUGGGAUGGUGGACCCACCCAAGGCGGCUCAGCCUCUGUAUGCUGCCCUCACCCAUCUAUAUUCAUGUUUACUCCCGUAGUGCUCAUUCACAUAUCACAUUUCAUUUGGUCUGUACAUACAUAUAGGUACGUAUAUAUGUAUACCCCUUUGCCUAAUUCUCAAAUCCAUUUGUAAAAUUCAUAAAUAGGAGGGGUUUUGUACAUGUACAUGUUCAUGAUGGUUUGGUAUUGUGCAUACCAUUCAUGGAACUUCUUUACACGCAUGAAGUUUGCGACGGUC